ACUGUGAGCGAAAAAGCCGUACCCGGCGAGACGCCACGGUACACGACACCGUUAACUACUGUAGUACGCGCGCGGAAAACCCUUCGUUCAAUCUGUGCGCCGCUGCGGGGAUCGUUGCAGAUCUUCGACAGCCGCGGUUGAGUGGUGCGCGUUGAAGCUUGCACAACGACAAGCGGGAUCGGCAAUCGACCGUAGCAGGAGGAGGAAAAAAAGGAACGGAAAGCUUUCGCCGGCGAUCCAUCCGGAAAGCGGCCGAAAACUAGCGGUCUGCUGCAAGAAGCGAAGAGGCGGGCGGAAGUGACGUAACUUUCCUGCACCGGAGGCGAGCUUCACGAUGGCUUCGGAUCGGCGCGGCAGUCGAGUGGUCGCCUCUUCGAGGGCCGACGACGACGAGGACGCGAUGGAGCGGGAACUCGCCGAGGACGCCGUCUGGAAGCGCAUCCAGCAGAACACCUUCACCCGAUGGGCGAACGAGCACCUGAAGACGGCCAACAAGACGAUCGCCUCCCUGGAGACGGACCUCGCCGACGGAUUGCGCCUCAUCACGCUCAUCGAAGUGCUCUCGGGCAAGCAGCUGCCCAAGCACAACAAGCGACCCACGUUCCGCUCGCAGAAGCUAGAGAACGUGUGCGUCGCCCUGAAGUUCCUCACCAACCAGGAGGGAAUAAAGCUCGUCAACAUCGACAGUUCGGACAUCGUCGACUGCAAGCUCAAGCUGAUCCUGGGUCUGAUAUGGACGCUCAUUCUGCACUACUCCAUCUCGCUGCCCAUGUGGGAGGGCGACGACGAUUCGGCCUUCGACAAGAGUGGCCCGUCACCCAAGCAGAGACUGCUCCGGUGGAUCCAGAGCAAGCUGCCUGACAAGCCCAUCAACAACUUCACUUCAGACUGGAACGAUGGACAGGCCGUGGGCGCUCUGGUGGACGCCCUCGCCCCGGGCCUGUGUCCAGACUGGGCCAGCUGGGACCCCAAGAACGCCCUGCGCAAUGCCAAGGAAGCCAUGGAUCUGGCCUCCGAAUGGCUGGGCGUGCCCCAACUCGUCACGCCUGAGGAAAUGGUCAACCCCAAGGUGGACGAGCUGUCCAUGAUGACCUACCUCUCACAGUUCCCCAACGCCAAGCUGAAGGACAAGGCGCCACUGAGGCUUCAGACGAACCCUGCUCGCGUGCGCUGCUACGGCCCCGGUAUCGAGCCCACGGGAGUGGUCGUCGGAGCGCCGACCACCUUCACCGUGGAGACUUUCAGUGCUGGUCAGGGCGAGGUCAAGGCUCACGUCGACGCUCCCGGAGGACAAAAGAUUCCCGUGGACAUUCGUUACAACGACGACAAGGCAAAGACGUACACAGCCACGUACACCGCCCUCAAGGAGGGACCUCACAAGGUGCACGUCCAGUUCGCCGGGAAGGCGGUGCCCAAGAGCCCGUUCCCCGUCAAAGUCGAGGGCUUCGCCGGGGACCCGACUAAGGUCAAAGCCAGCGGUCCGGGUCUGCAACCUACGGGUGUCAGCGCUGGAGUUCCCACCUACUUCGACGUCUUCAGCAAAGCUGCCGGCAAGGGCCAGGUGGAGGUGGAGAUCGUGGACCCAAAGGGCGGCCGCAACACCAUCCCGUGUCGUGUGAAGAAGACCAACGAGGACGAGCACCACUGCGAGUACGUGCCUUCCAUGGAAGGACCGCACCAGGUGAAUGUCCUGUUCGCCGGACGUCCCGUGCCCGGAAGCCCCUUCAAGGUCAACGUUGGACCACCUUGCAACCCUCGUCGCGUCCGUGCCUCUGGUCGCGGUCUGCAGAAGAACGGCGUCCGUGUGGGUGACGUGGCCGACUUCAAGGUGUUCACGGAGAACGCUGGCGAAGGCGAACUACAAAUCAAGGUGCUAGGCCCAGGUGGCAGUGUCGAGAAGGUGAACAUCACGCCAAAGCCGGACAAGACCUUCGAGUGCAACUACCAUCCGUCCAAGGAGGGUCGCUACGUGGUCAUGAUCUCGUACGGUGGCCAGGAGAUCCCUCGCAGUCCGUACGAGGUGAACGUGGGGCCCUACAAGGAGUCCAAGAUCGUCGCCUACGGUCCCGGCCUGCACGGAGGUCUGGUCGGCUAUCCGGCCACCUUCACUGUGGACACGAAUGGCGAGACGGGUCAGCUGGGCUUCGCCAUCGAGGGUCCCUCCAAGGCCAAGAUCGAGUGCUACGACAACGGCGACGGAUCGGCCGACGUCAAGUACUUCCCCACGGCGCCCGGCGAGUACGCCGUUCACGUCCUCUGCAAUGGCGAGGACAUUCCCAAGUCACCCUGGAUCGCCAACAUCCUGCCACAGAGCACCGUUCAGCCGGACAAGGUGGUGGCCAGCGGUCCCGGACUGCAGCCGACGGGCGUGCUUCAGGGCCAGCCGACCCAGUUCACGGUGGACGCGCGGCAAGCCGGUGGCAAGGCGCCGCUCGAGGUCAUCGUGGCCGACUCUCAGAGCAAGCCCGUCGAAGUCAAGGUCAAGGACAACGGCGACGACACGUACACGUGCACGUACAAGCCCGAGUCCAACGACAAGCACACGGUGCAGGUCAACUACUCCUGCGUCGCCGUGCCCGGAAGCCCCUUCCGGGUCAACGUGGCUGACAACACUGACCCAGGCAAAGUGCGCGUCUAUGGUCCUGGCGUUGAGAAGGGCGUGACGUCACAGACACCAACAAAGUUCUACAUUGACUGCAAGGCUGCUGGAAAAGCCAAGCCCAAGGUGAAGAUCACGGACGAGAAGGAGCGGCAGGUGCAAGCCAAGGUGACAGACAACAAGGACGACACAUACACCUGCAACUACACUGCACCUACACCGGGACCACACUACGUGAACGUCUCCGUAAAUGGCAAGGACGUGCUGGGCAGUCCCUUCAAGGUGCCCGUCGCGUCUCACCUGGACGCCUCCAAGAUCAAGGUUGAAGGCCUCGAACCGACGGUGUUCCUGGAGGCCCCAGCCCAGGUGAUGAUCGACGCGCGCGCCAUCAGCCCGAACAGUGACGCUCGUGUCACCUGCACCCUGUCUACGCCAUCGGGCAAGAAGAUCCCCAUCGCCGUCCAGCCGAAAGGAGACGGAACCUACCGUUCGGUCUACAUACCGCACGAGGAAGGUCCUCACGAGGUGGAGCUCACCUACGACGGCGUGCCCAUUCCGGGAUCACCGUUCAAGACGAUGGCUGUGAAGGGCUGCGACCCUUCGAGGGUGAAGGCCUACGGACCCGGACUCGAGAAGGGCAUCCUCGACCAACCGAACCGUUUCACCGUGGAGACCCGUGGUGCGGGCCCCGGAGGUCUGGGGCUGGCCAUCGAGGGACCGACGGAGGCCAAGAUGACUUGCAAGGACAACCGGGACGGCACCUGCACCGUCGAGUACAUUCCCUCCGAGCAGGGUGACUACGACAUCGCCGUACGCUUCGCCGGAAAAGAUAUUCCCGGAAGUCCAUUUAAGGUCCCUGUGGAUGCCCCUGUCGACCCGUCCAAGGUUGUGGCCUACGGCCCAGGCCUGGAACCGCGAAACUGCCGUGCCAACGUGCCGCAGAAGUUCACCGUGGACGCACGCAAAGUUGGAAAGGCACCAAUGGCUGUCGAGGUCUCGUCUGAGAAGGGUCCGGUGCCCCAGAAGCCGACAGUGAAGGACAACAAGGACGGCACGUACGACGUGAACUACAUGCCGCCGCCCGAGAAGAGCGACUGCAACGUCCGCAUCACGUACGACAACAAGGACAUCCCCAACAGCCCGUACAAGAUGAAGGUGAGGCCGACCUGCGAGCCACAGAACGUCAAGCUCGUGGGACUGGAUGGCAAGCCCGUGCCGGCCAGCAUUCCCCAAGAGUUCACCAUCGACGCCCGCGAGGCGGGAGUCGCCGAGCCCGAAAUCACCGUUAAGGGUCCCGACAACGUGCCUCGCAAGGCCCGCGUCGUGGACAACGACGACGGCACUUUCCGAGGCCAGUACGUGCUCUCGGACGUGGGCAAGCACCAGCUGUCCGUCAAGUACGGCGGCAAGGAAGUGCCCGGAUCGCCGGCCACACUAAACAGCGUACCUACCGGACAAGCCGACAAGUGCAAGAUCAGCGAGGAGACGAAGCAGGAGAAGGUGACCAUCGGGGAGGAGUACAGCAUUACUGUGAACGCCAAGCAGGCCGGCCAAGGCGCCGUCACUUGCACGCUGACCAACGCCAACGGUGCCGAACCCGACGUGGACGUCCAGGUCGAAGACAACGGCGACGGCACCUUCACCAUCUUCUACCGCAUCAAGGAGCAGGGCGAGCACACGGUCAACAUCAAGUUCGGAGGACAACCGGUGCCCGGCGGAACCUACACGAUCAAGGCCGUCACCGAGCAGAUCCACCAGAAGACCGUGGUCGACCGCCGCUUCCGCAGUGCCCCGCCGCCACAAGGAAAGUACCGACCGGUCCAGCUCUUUGACAUCCCCUUGCAGCAGACCGCUGGGGGACAGCUCACCGCCGAGGUGAAGAUGCCGUCGGGACGGGUGGACAAGCCUGUGAUCAUCGACAACCAGAACGGCACGGUCAGCAUCCAGUACGAGCCACGCGAAGAAGGCCUACAUGAGCUGCACAUCAAGUACAACCACGAGCAUGUGCAGGGCAGCCCUUUCAAGUUCCACGUGGACACCAUCCAGAGUGGCUACGUGACUGCCUACGGACCAGGCCUGACGCAUGGUGUGGCCGGUGAACCCAGCAACUUCACCAUCAGCACGAAGGACGCCGGCAAAGGUGGCCUGAACGUGGCCGUCGAGGGUCCAUCCAAGGCAGAGAUCAGCGUGCACGACAACAAGGACGGCACGGUGGCCGUGUCGUACCUGCCCGCUGCACCCGGAGAGUACAAGAUUUAUAAGUUCGCCGACAAGCCCAUCAAGGGAAGCCCCUUCACCGCCAAGAUCACAGGAGAGGGCCGCAAGCGCAACCAGAUCUCCGUGGGCCACUCCAGUGAGGUGUCGCUCAAGGUCCAGGAGAAGGACGUCAAGAACCUCAGCGCCAGCAUCGUCGCGCCUUCGGGCCUGGAGGAGCCGUGCUUCCUGAAGAAGCUUCCCAACGGACACCUGGGCAUCUCGUUCACGCCCCGCGAGGUCGGAGAGCACCUGAUCAACGUCAAGCGCACCGGAUCCCACAUCACGGGCAGCCCCUUCAAGAUCAACGUGCUCGAACGCGAGAUCGGCGACGCCGCCAAGGUCAAGGUUCAGGGCAAGGCUCUCACAGAGGGCACCACCCAAGUCCGCAACGAGUUCACCAUCGACACACGAGAGGCCGGCUACGGUGGUCUGAGCUUGUCCGUGGAGGGUCCCAGCAAGGCCGACAUCCAAUGCAAGGACAACGAGGACGGCACGCUCAAAGUGAGCUACCUGCCCACCGAGCCCGGAUACUACAUCAUCAACCUCAAGUUCGCCGACCACCACGUCACGGGCUCGCCCUUCACCGUCAAGGUCACGGGCAAGGGCUCCAACAUCCAGCGUGAGAACAUCAAGAAGCAACGUGAGGCAGCGCCCAUUGCCGAAGUGGGCUCCAAAUGCACCUUCACCUACAAGAUGCCUGGCACCAGCGCGUUCGACAUGACGGCUCGCGUGACGUCCCCGUCGGGUUCUUCGGAGGACGCCGAGAUCGCCGACCUGGACGACUGCGCGUACGCGGUGCACUUCGUGCCCAAGGAGGCUGGCGUGCACACGGUCAGCGUGCGCAACAAGGACAUCCACAUCCCCGGAUCGCCGUUCCAGUUCACCGUGGGUCCGUUCCGUGACCACGGGGCCCACAGGGUACACGCCGGAGGACCCGGUCUCGAGAGGGGCAUCGCCGGAGAAUCAUGUGAGUUCAACGUAUGGACGCGCGAAGCGGGCGCCGGCAGCCUGUCCAUUUCGGUUGAGGGACCGUCCAAGGCCAAGAUCGACUUCAAGGACAGGAAGGACGGCUCCUGCUACGUCUCCUACGUCGUCAAGGACCAUGGCGAGUACCGCGUGGGCAUCAAGUUCAACGACCAGCACAUCCCCGACAGCCCGUUCAAGGUGUACGUGAUGCCUCAGGCGGGCGACACCUGCAAGAUCGAACUGGGCAGCGUCCCCGAGCACAUCCAGGUCAACAAGCCCGUGGCCUUCACCAUCUCCAUGAAUGGGGCCAAAGGUAACCUCGACGGAAAGGUCGUCACACCCAGCGGCCACGAGGACGAUUGCUUCGUAGCGCCACUGGACGACGACCAGUGGUGUCUGCGCUUCAUUCCCCGCGAGAACGGCAUCCACCAGGUGCACAUCCGCCACAACGGCAUCCACAUCCCAGCGAGUCCGUUCCGCAUCCGCGUCGGAAAGGACGACGCCGAUCCGGCCGCCGUGCAAGCCUACGGUCCGGGUCUUCGGGAUGUCAAGAGCGGCGUCAAGACUGACUUCGUCGUGGACACGUGCAAUGCGGGCGCGGGGUCCCUGGCGGUGACCAUCGACGGCCCCACCAAGGUGAACAUGGACUGCACCGAGGAGGAAGAGGGCUACAAGGUGCGAUACACGCCACUCGCGCCCGGAGAGUACUUCAUCACCGUCAAGUUCAACGGAUACCACAUCGCCGGAAGCCCCUUCCGCGUCAGCUGCACAGGCAGCGUCACCCGAAGCACUGGAGGCCGCCUGUCCAUCGCCCCGCCCACUUCGCCGGAGACGUCUUCGAUGACCGUGGACACUGUGGUGAAGCAGGCUGUUCAGAAGGCCGACCAACUGCCCAAGUUUCGAUCUAACGCCGCUAAGGUGACCUGCAAAGGCAUGGGCCUCAAGCGCGCUGUCCUCAACAAGAACAACCAGUUCACCGUCAAUGCCGUGGACGCUGGCAACAACUUGAUCUACGCCAGUGUGUAUGGACCCAAGGGACCCUGUGAUGAAGUAUUUGUCAAGCACCUGGGUCGCAAUCUCUACCAGGUAAACUAUGUGGUCAAAGAUCGCGGCGACCACAUUGUGAUCGUAAAGUGGGGCGACGACCACAUCCCGGGCAGUCCCUUCAAGGUUGAAGUAGUCUAGGCCUCGACAUUUACACGACCGACCGCUGCUUGCUUGGCCCUCCCCGGUUGCCGCAACCGCCGAGCACGCACAGCCAGCGAUGUGCCCUUGCAGUGACGUCACAUAACAGCUGCCACAGCGGCACCGCGCAUCUACAUCAAUGCAGCGAUCUUGAACGCAGUCCAGUGAGCCUGCCUGAGUCAUCCUUAUGCAAUGCUCCCUAUUAGAGAGACGUGGCAAGCACAUAUAUAAAGGCACACAUACCGAGCCAUCUUACAGCCCCAGAUUUGCUGCUUCACUGCAAGGCAACAUUCAACAAGAUGACUGUCUGCAACAGACGUUGCCUGCUAAAGCACCCGCAAUGCACCAGCACUGUGCCGCAUCUAUGAAAUGACUUAACUGUGCGUUGCAUAAUUUGCGACAUGUUUGACCACUGGCCUUCCUUCUAGAUCGCUGCUGUGACAACGCGAGGACUGCACCAAGAAAUCCCAGUGACUGUGUUUCCUGGCAUCAUGUAAAACUGUGACGUCAAGUGCAAGGUGCCUCCACCGAAAGGCAUCGCCAACGGCUGUGCCCACUGCCAAUGUGCUCCCUACAGCCGCCCAAAACAACCGUUGCCAUACUCUACCGUGUUAGCCUUUUCUUCCUCUGCAAAUGUACAUUGAAGAGUGUUGACCAUUAAAGAAGUGAUGUGAUCAAA